CCUGACAACAGUCUGGAAGAAAACAGAGAGAUGCUACGAGCAACAUUUUCGCUUCGACGAUGAUAUUCUGUGGAAAGUCACCGAUCUUAAAGAGUCAUCAUUGAUGCGAAUUUAGCGCGUUCGCCGUUUCGCUGGGAAGAACGAGAGGAAGAUUUAGACGACGAACGCAAGAUGCAAGAGGACGGCGUAAUGUCGACACGGACGAGUCAGGACUCCAGUCUCUGUCGCGUCUGUCUGACAAUGAAUCAUUACAAUCAGUGCAUCUUCCGCAAAAAUUGGAGCGAGCCGGGUAACGGGGACACGUCCGAACUUCUCUCGAAAAAACUACAAUUGUGCGGCGGGGUGGAGGUUCAGGAAGACGAUGGCUUGCCUUCUAGCAUCUGUACCAAGUGUGAAAAUAAAAUUAAUGUUGCCUACGAAUUGAGGGAACAAUGUCAGAAAGCAGACAAGGAGCUUAGAAAGCUCUAUGGAAUGUCGAGCAUGAAUGUUACUGGCAACUUUAUUCCUACAAAAGAUCAAUGUUGUCAAACGGAGCAAUCAUUUAUCCUGGAUACAAUCAAGUUAGAAGACAAUAAGGAAUUAAAUAUGAAUAACAGAAUUAAUAUAGAAGAGAAUAGCUAUAUGACAGAAUCAAGGAAUGUUAUGAAACAUGAACAACCAGAUGCUUUUAAUCAAACAGAGAAUAUUCUAGUAGAUAAUGGAUCAGAUUUAGAUUGCGUUAAUAAAUGUAAGCAACAUGAUAAAAUAGUUGUAAAGGAAGUUCAUAGAACGAGAAGAUUGACUAUGUUUAAAAGAGUUACAUCUAUGGAGAAUUUGAAGAAUCAUAAAGAAAGACAGAGAAGAUAUAUCAAAAAGAGCACAAGUGUUAAACGCGAUAUCAGCAAUAGCGAGUAUCAAACAAAAACAAAAAAUGUCGAUAGUAGAAUGGAUACAAUAUCAGAAUUUGAACAAUAUAAAUGUCCAAAAUGUGAUAGAUUUUAUUCCAGUAAAAGGUCUUUAGAUAGACAUACAUCAACUCAUGAUGAUAAAGAGUUCAAAUGUGAUAACUGUGAUCAGCAAUUUUUUUGUUUGGACAAAUUGCAUAAACAUUUUAAUUUACAUAAAACGAAGGAGAAGCCAGAGCCGGUCUUUUGUAGAAUCUGCAACAAAAGUUUCAGGAAAACUGAUACUAUGGUUAGACAUUUAAAUGCCCACAAGAGAGCGAAUCCUAAGGAAGUUUUCUCUAUAUUAAAAGAGAUACGAGACAAGAGAAAAUUAGAAGAUAAUCCAGAGUUCUCUGAAAUGUCACUUCACGUCAUGGUGAAUAAGGAUGAAGUAACAGCGAUUAAUGACAAAUCUCCAAGCGAAAAGAAUGGUACGACGAGAGAAUUAAGAAAACGUAGUAAAAUUGAGCAAAGAGAUUCAUUAAAUAGUGAUUCGAGUAAUGACAAAUUGAAAUCAUUCGACGAUACGUUGCUCUUUGACUGUAAAUAUUGCAGCAAAUGUUUCACCAACGAGAAGAGUCUUCAACGUCAUCAGUCAGUACACAAGAAAUUCGUCUGUAACGUCUGCAACAUGAAAUUUUUCCGACAGGACAGGCUUAAGAGUCACAUGGAUCGAUAUGGUCAUGAUGAGAGCAAAACAUCUUCGGAGCCACAGGGACCACCUGAUGAUAAGUCUGCGAUCAAGCUGAUAAAUAGUUGGAUCAGGGAAGAAUUGGAUUCCGAUAACGAGGGCAAGGGUUUUCCCUGCAAGAUCUGUGGAAAAUCGUACGACACGAAGAAGUCUCUAUCGAAACAUCAAAUGAAGAUACACGGCGGACAGGACGAGUACUGCGCGAAUUGCGGUGCAAAUAACGCGUGCAUUUGCGCGGACAAGUACAAGGAUGACCGUGAGAGGAGCAACGAGAAGUCAAAACUGUACACAUGCGAGGAGUGUAACAAGUCGUUCGAGAAGGAAAUCAAAUUGCAGAGGCAUCUGCGAAUUCACGAGCGUGCCAAGGAGCAGCAGGACGCGAACUUCAAGCGUUUCCUCUGUCACAUAUGCAGCAAGACGUUCCGGCAGAACACCGGCCUCAUGUUCCACAUGAGGACGCACACCGGUUACAAGCCGCACGUCUGCAAGUACUGCGGCCGCGGCUUCACGUCCAAUUCGAACUGCAUCAAUCACGAGAGGACCCACACGGGCGACCGACCGUUCGUCUGCCAGUAUUGCAGCGCAGCCUUUGCCAAGUCGUGCACCCUCAAGGCCCACAUUACCACGCACACCGGCGAGGCGAAUUAUCAUUGCAAGACCUGCGGCAAGUCCUUCCGCCGUCUCAAGUAUCUGAAGGAGCACAGAUUCACGCACACGGGCGAGAAACCCUACGCCUGCAAGAUCUGCGGCACGGCUUACAGUCAUUCCGGCAGCCUGUUUGUCCACGAGAAGAAGUGCAAGGCCCAGUACAACAAUUAUCAGUCGGGAACGAUACAAAACUCAGCAACCCAGCAGCAGACCGCCUAUUGCGGCCAAUCACCCCAGACGACCAUUUCCGGUGGUAUCUCUUCCUCUUCCUCGGUUAUCUCGCCCAUCAUCGCGACUACGUUGCCUCAAGCUCAUCUCAACGUCAUCAACAGUACUCUGAAUGUGCAGACCAACAAAGGUUACAUGGAUGAUAUUCAGCGAAUAAACGCACAUGCAGCAGGUACAGGGACUACGGUCGUCUCACCGGCUCUGCAUUCAAACACUGACAUUUCAGAAAUGAAUUCCACUGUCAGGAACUUUGCCAUUAUCGGGCAAAUCACGAUGCCUUCUUACAAACUAACUUACUUCCCUGUGAAAGCAUUGGCUGAACCAAUUCGCUUCCUGUUAAGUUAUGGUAAUACCGAGUUCGUCGACGAUCGUUUCGACAGGGAGGAUUGGCCGAAAAUUAAGCCGACCAUGCCGUUUGGCCAGGUACCCGUGCUCGAAGUAGAUGGGAAAAAGGUCGCUCAGUCUACAGCUAUUUGCCGCUACUUGGCAAAACAAUACGGUCUUGCUGGCAAAGACGAUUGGGAAGCUCUGGAAAUCGAUGCCACGGUCGAUACAAUACACGACUUACGCGCUAAAAUCGCAGCUUAUAGUUAUGAGAGCAACGAAGUGGCUAAAGCAGAAAAACUUAAACUCGCCAAAGAAAUGGUGCCGUACUAUCUGGAGCGUCUGGACGCUCAAGUAAAGCAGAACGGCGGUUAUUUCGUCGGCGGUGCUCUAACCUGGGCCGAUCUCGUUUUUGUCGGCAUAUUGGAUUAUCUAAACCACAUGAUGGAGAAGAAUAUAAUCGAAAAUUAUGAAAAUUUGAAGCAGCUCAAGCAAAAGGUCGAGGAGGUACCGGCCAUCAAGAGUUGGAUUGAGAAGCGUCCGCCGACCGAUAUGCGCGAUACUCAUGGUCAGUCGUUCUCGAUUCGUGAAGAGUUUUACAUCGGCUGUCAGACUCUCGGUUGUCACGAGAAUUUACGGAUUCUAACUAGCAAGAACAUGUCUACAUACAAGCUAACGUAUUUCAACGUCACCGGCCUUGGAGAACCCAUUCGGUUCUUGUUAAGUCAAAGCGGCAUCAAGUUCGAGGAUGUUAGAAUCGAGUUUGAAGAAUGGCCGAAGAUGAAAUCCACCAUGCCAAUGGGGCAGGUACCGGUUCUGGAGAUCGACGGUAAACCGUAUCAUCAGUCCAAGGCCAUCGCCCGUUACAUAGCUAAGAAGGGCAAUCUGUAUGGUUCUAACGAGCUCGAGGCCUUGGAGAUCGACGCUGCAGUCGAGACUAUCGACGAUUUAAGACAAGCUCUAUCCACUUAUUAUUGGGAAAAAGAUCCCGCGACCAAGGAGAAACUCAAAACGGUUGCUUUCGAAAAAUUGCCUGUUUAUCUUGACAAACUCGAAGCUCAAGUGAAGAAGAAUGGCGGACAUUUCGUUGGUGGCAAGCUGACGUGGGCAGAUCUUCUAUGGGCUGCAUAUUCUGAGUAUCUAUGCUUUGUUCUGGGCGGUGAUCCAAAUAAAGAUCAUCCGGAAUUGAAGAAGUUGGUGGAAAAGGUUCGCGCGCUUCCCAAAAUUAAAGCAUACCUCGAGAAGCGACCGAAACUCAAUUGUAAAUAAAAUAAUUUCUACUUUUUUAUUUUUUUGACAAAUUUGUUACGUUUAAUUGCUAACUCGUUUCGCUACGUUUUAUUUAAAAAAAUGAUUGAUGAUUGGUGCAUAUUGCAAGUAACGUUAAUUUAAAUAUGGUUACUGUGCAAUUUAUUCUAAAAAUCGCUAAUAUUGCUAAAUACUAAUUUGUAAAUACAAAUGCAAAGAAAAUUAAAUCUUAUCGAAUAGAAAUGUUUUACUCCAAAUCUUAAUUUUAACCCUUUUUUUAAAGAAAUUGCCUUAUCAUUGUUUCCUCAUGAACGUAGAAAUAUCCGAGAUAAUAAUCAACAAAAAAUAAAAGUUUUUUAAUAAACAUGUUAUUCUGAAGUAGCAACAAGUGAUAACACGCAUGAAACUGUCGACAUAUUAUUACAGAUAAUCGUUGCAUUUUUAUUUAGCAAAUUAUAUGCAUAAAUAUUAUACAGUUAUUAUUUAUAUAAAUGGCAAUAAAAAUUCAGCGUGUACAGAUACAUUUUUUUAUCGAUCAACUGAAACUCAACUUGUCACAAUUGAUACGAUAUAUAUGUAUGAAAAAAAUAAAAAAUAUUAUAAUUUAUUAGAAAUUACAUUAUAUGCACGGAUAAGCUGAUGGCAUCAAUAAAAAUAUAUUUGGUUACAAA